AUGAAGAUUCCGGUAUCAGGUAUAAGUGCUUUGAAUAGGAGCUUAUUGCAAAUUAAAGGUCCAGAUGCAACAAAGUUUUUGAAUGGCUUGUCUACAUCGAGAUUUCUUCCAAAUAUAGUCAAGAAGAAGCAACAUACUAUAGAUGAAGCUGAAAAUAGACAUGCUAAAUUGUCAGAAAUUAUAAAUAUAAACGAUAAUUGGGGGUUGAUGCAUGAAGAUAUAUAUGAUCCCGAUAAUAAUAUAUUCGUAAGAAGAGACGGAUUGAAUUCUAUGUUCUUGUCAUCGAAGGGAAGAGUUGUUACUGAUUGUUUCCUCUACUCACAACCAUUUCACAACUUAAAUGGGACCUUUGAGGGUCAGAUAAGUGAACCAACUUAUUUGAUUGAGAUUGAUUCGUCAUUUACGUCUCAGUUACAGAUGUUAUUAAAGUUGCAUAAACUCAGUGCAAAAGUAAGCAUUGAAACAAUUAAAUCCAUGCAUUCAUAUUACUAUUACAAUGACACUGCAGAAUUUGACGAAUAUUUGGAUUUCAUUCAGCAAGAAUUCUUUCGGUCAAGGGAUCCCGUGGAUGCAUUAAACAAUGCUAAUUCAUUUAUUAAAAGUGAAGUUUUGUUCAAUCCAAAGUUGGCAGGCAAUAUAUUAGGAUUUUCCAUAGAUAAUAGAAUUCCGAACUUUGGGAUUAAAGUGUUAAUGGAUAAGGAAAUAGGUGAUGAUGACAACAAAAUUCCUGUUGAUGACUUAUUUUCAUCAUCUUUCAAAGACAAUUUUGUUGUACCAGAAAUACUCAAACCUGAAAGCAUAACUAGGAGACGUUUUAUGAACGGUUUAUUCGAAACACAAGAUAGCCCAAAGGAAAGCUCAUUGUUACCUUUUGAAAUGAACCUUGAUCUUACUAAUGGGUUAUCAUUAGAAAAAGGAUGUUAUGUGGGCCAGGAACUUACAAUUAGAACAUAUAAUAACGGUAUUAUACGUAAGAGAAUCGUACCAAUCCAAUUCUUUGAAAUAAAUGAUGAUAAUCUCUCCGCACUUGACGAAAGUGAGUAUUUAACUUUAGAUCCGAAUGAUCCUGUUAUUAGAGAAUUACAAGAUUUACAUUCAUCCACUUUAUCAAAACUAGAGAUAACUCCAUUAAUUGAAAAGAAGGAUCUGCCUCCUCCAGAACCUGAACAGCAAUCAUCUUCUCCGUUUGCAAAUUCGAAGCCAGUACGUAGGAGGACAGCUUCCAGUGGUAAAUUACUUUCUAUACAAGAUAAUUUGGGAUUUGUCUUAGCUAACUUAUCAGAUAUUGAAAAUGUUGACUUAUAUAAAAUUGAAUUGCCAUGCCUUGAAGGAGGUGUAAAGCAUGUUGGAAUAAAAGUGUUUAAACCAGAAUGGUGGCCAAUAGAUUAA